UGUCUUUGGGGGCUGUGCGUUUGCUUAUGAUAAUACAGAAAUACUAGCAUUCUGAACUCUUGAAAAGGAGUUAGAAAAAUGUCGGACCCUUUAAGUAAUCCAGAAACCAAAAUAAAGAAAAAUUUAAGAAGUAAAAAUGACCUAUUUGAGAAAGUCACUAAGGCCUCCGAAGCAAAUUCUUCACAAGUUUUAAGCGAAAAUAAUUCUAGUAGUAGUACCAUUACUAGGAACAAUAGUAAAAAUGUUAGUAAUAGUAAUAAUGGUAGUAAUUACACAACUGGCUGUAAUAACGGCUGUAAUGGUGAGGUACUAAUCAAUCAUAAGGGUAAUAGUUCAAAAAAAGAAGUUAUUCAGGGCGAAAUUUUAACUGUAAAGUGUAAAAAAGAAAAAAAGAAGAAUUUUUGUAUUAAAGUUAAAACUUUAUUGGGUAGAGAGUUAAGCGUUUCUGUAAAUAAAGACACUUGCACUGUGGACCGUCUCAAGUGGAAAAUUUAUCUUAAAACAAAAAUUGAACCUUGUUUGCAAAAUUUAGUUGUUCAGAAAGACGGAAGACAAUUGAUAUCAGGUUUCCUCUUUGAAGAUAAUAAUUAUUUAGAAAACAUGGUAGUCGUACUUAGUUGUAAAGUUAAAAGCGGUCUUUUAGGACAGUGCGAUAUUCUUUAUGAAAGAGGAGUUUGUUGUCACCAUGAUUUUUAUGAGGAAGACGAUUAUAUGGACGAAGAGGAGUACUUGUCUACUUUAAGAGAACUUUUUUUGGAUACCGCUGAUUGCGAUGAUGAUUACGAUGAUGAUGAGGAGGAUUUAGAAGAUAAUUACUCUGAAGAAAAUGACGUGGAUGGCUUGACCGACUUGAACGAAGAAGAGGACUAUGACGAUGAGGAGGAGGAGGAGGAAGGAGAUGAAGAGGAAAAAGAAUUUGUUGAGGAAUGCUGUCGUGCGGCUCAGGAUACCGUAAAUCUUUUUGAAAAGCACGAAGAAAAUAGAACCUUUGGCUCUUUAAUAUUAAAAAAACUUUUUUGGAAGUUGAGGAAAAGUGCUAAUAUUGAAUAUUAUCCCGUUAACGAUUUUACAAGAUCUAUACUACAACUUCCCUCCAACUCUGUUGAAUUCUUGGGUCCCUAUCGCCCUUGCAGCACAGAAUCAAUAGGCUCUGGAGAGCAAGUGUUAUUAAAGCGAAGAGCUCUCCAACGGGAAUCCGAAAGUCUCCCAUCGCAAAUUGUAAAGCUUAAACUUGGCAAACUUGAGCAGCCUGUACUACUCCAAAUUCAAGUUAAAGACAUCCCUGACGAUUCUAAUGCGGCUCUAAAUGAAGGAGCAUACCAUACAGCUAAAUGCUUAAAACAAGUUUCUGGUUCUUUUCUUCAUGAUUGCGCCAUGAGCGCCAACAGGAAUGGUUUAGAAAAAGACAUAAAAGAUAUUGAUAGUUUAUCCAAAAAACAGUUCAAAAAGCAUUAUACUAUCAUAUUGGAAGCAGUUAAGCAGGAGGAAGAGAACAUAUUAAAAGAUAACGAUAAGACUAAAGAAAAAAUUAAAUAUUUACAAAUGGUGAUGUCUAAACGAAAAAGAAGUAGACAUGAAAAUCAACAACCCCAGGAUGUCACUCAAAUUGUAUGACUAGUGAGUUGCUUC